GAAAAUUUAUUUUUCCCGAAAAUAUUAUUAUUGUUUUGUAUUUUUUAUUGUUUUUUUUUUUGUUACAAACUAAAUAUUCAAUACUAUAUGUUCUAGUUCAGAGUGGAUAGCGUUCUUAAUGAGAACAUGUUGCUGUAUUUGUUGUAACAUUCAGAAAGUAUGAAGAUUAAAUCAAAACCAGCAAUAUGACUCAAAAGAAGAGAAGCACAUCUAGGAGUUGUCUUAUACUGAUUGCAUGGCUGUGCACUGCAGUUCCUACUGAUGCCCAAUCUAUAACGUGGAACAACACUUAUGAACAGAUGAUAGCAUCACCUACUAAGUCAGUGUUGGUGCAUGGUCAAGACUCCAUGAUACUCACCAGUAAAGUCAAUGUCGCUGGACCCAAUCAUACCAUGGACAGAGCUCACUUUGAAAUUAAACAACAUAGAUCACAUUAUGUCACGCUCUGCUACGUCGACCUAUCAAACUGUGGCGGUUACGAAGUCAGCAACUGCUACUGUCAUGCCACCAAUGAGAGAAAUGUUGUUAGUGUCGUCCUUAAUCUAACAGCCGACAAGUACUUCAGCGAAGCUUUUCUUCAAGGCACAAUCUAUCACUUUGAAAUCAAAAUCAAAAGCAAGGAAUUAAAACUCCCCUAUAUACUCGAUUUAUCCCAUCCUGGAAUACACGUAUACAUCAACGACAAAAUAGACCAGCUUGACCUUUGUAACAAGACAUUGAAUCAGACAACUGCUUUGAUUGUGUUGGAAAAGGCAGACAACGAACUUCAUUACUCGUUUUCGCUUCAAGACAAGAAAACAUCUGUCUAUCUUAGAAACGCUACCAACUUCCUGUUCCUUGUUGUGGAAAUCAAAGAAGAAACAGUGUUUACAAUAGCGUAUCACAUAUUUGAGAAUCCCAAAAUAAGAACAAGUAUUGAAUGCACUGUCAGACUUCUUCUACCAGAAACAGAGGGUGCUGAUGAAAUCAAAAAUAUAAUCAUUAUAAUUGUCCCCUGUGUAGUUGUAAUAGUCGUAAUUGUGGAAAUACUCAAGAUAUUUUUGUGGAAAACUAGACGUCAACAAUUUCGGAUAAAACCCCCAAGAAGUAGAGGUGUGUUUAAAAAAAAAUGUCUACUUGAAUUUAGCUUGGUGUCAGACACAAACACAAAUGAAAUACGAAACAAGAAAUCUAGUGACAAUGAGGGUGACGUAGAACCUGAACUACAUCCUUUGACCGAGACGAGAACAGAACAAAAAAAUAUAAUGGAAAGUGUGGAGGUCACUGAUAAAGGCCAAGUAAAAGUAGUUAGAGAGAUGGUCAGGGACAGAGUGAGUUGUGUCACACCUGUGCUUGAUUCCCCUGUAGGUGUGACACUACCCUCAGAAAUACUGACCAUAAUCAAAGAUAUCGGGAAUGUAGAAGAUAAAAAGAAAGUUGGAAAUCUUAAGCAGGAACCCACGGCACAUAAUUCUAUAAAUGAAUUGAUUGACUUUCAAUUGGACCUGAUGGUAAUUUUGUCUAUAAACAAAGUAAGUGACAGAAGACCAGAAACGUGGCCAGGAUCUGUCAUCCAUUAUCCUAGCCAUCACUCCUCUAAUAACAAUGUCAAUAGCGGCUUAAGAACUGGAAUCGGCAGGAUCGUCAGCGUAAACUUAAAAGAGCAUGAUGGGAAAACGAAGUAUCAACGAUCAACAAACGAAUCUCCAAUAUCAGUUGAGAUCAAUGUGUAUACAUCGCGACAUGUUGUCUUUGAUGACGAGGAAGCAAAGCAAACCGAUGUAACUUUGAUGAUCGAAGGUUCUAAAAUUCCUGGUGCUGUCCUUAAAGGGAAAUGUGUCCGCAUGGCUAAUAUUCUACAGAAUUGGACACUGUUUACUUGCGUUUCCAAUACCAUAGAAAUAUUUACAUCCCUGCACGAGAGAGUGGACACAUUUAAUAAAGAAUGGUCAAACAUUAAUAAGAAUAAUUAUUUUUUUAACAUUAUAAAUGAAUAUGGAUACUUUGUUUCUGUCGGAGAGAGGUCAAUAGACUCAAUGGUAAAGGCGAACUUUACUAAACUUUUAGAUAUCUAUAAGAAAGACAAAUUCGAAAAGAAGAAGUAUUAUACUUUAAACACCCAGUUCAACAAUGAAAACGUAGCCAUCUAUGUGGAGAGAACCAGUGAAAGCCUUAUCUGCGGGCUCCCGGUAGAAAUCAAACUUACAUUUUCUCCAGACUUUGAAAACGAGAAAUGGAUAAUUGGCUCAAUUCCACUAGUAAUUAAAAACCUAAGUAUUCAAGACAAAGAAGAAUAAAAGAGAUUGAGAACUUAUUGUAAAGAGAAAAUAAAUAUGAGAGAGGUUAGAGAAAAGUGAAAGUUUCUUAUUAGAUAGAAAGUAAUUAAGGUGAGAAAGUUUAAUUAUAAAAAGAGAAAGUAAAAAAAGUAUACGAAGGAGCUUACGAGAGCUUAGUUAGAGCUUAGUAGAGAGCGAAAGAAAGGAGCUGAGAGAUAGAGAGAGAGAGAGAGAGA